AUGAAUAAUGAUGGUAGUGAUGGACUUGCCGGAAAACUAUGCCAAACAAUGAAGGAGUACAGCCAAAAGAUAAAUACGGAGGACGAGAAAGAAGUAUGUGAGUUCAUUGUGAAGAACUUGCUAAAAAUAAGAGGAAGUGGGGGCAAAGAAUGUGGAAAAGGAACUGCUAAUGAUCUAAUCGAGGAUUAUGUGUAUUGCGCAAUAAUGAACUUAUGGUCCACCAUGUACCUCCGUGAACAUUGCAAUAAGAAGAAUGUUAUACACACUAUAUUUGAUGAAAUGAAGAGUAUGGGCGCAGAACUUAAGGGGCACAGUACAUGUAAUGUGUGCGAAUAUAAGGAGUUAAAGGCUAUGAAAAUAAUGGAUGGUAAGCGCGAUGUGCUAACAGAUAUUUUUGGAGCUAUAAAAGGGAACACGCCUAUUAUGCAAUUAAUAAAUAAAAAACCAACACAGGAGAAAGAUUGUAAGGGACAAAAGAAUGAUGCAUCAGAAUUAGUAGCAACUCUUAUGAAAAAUAGUGUUACAAUGACAACAGGUCCAUCAGCAACAACAACAAAACGGAAUGACCAACAACAGUCACAACAAAGCAGUGCAGAUAGUGGAACAAACAGUGCAGCUAGCAGAGGCUCUGGAAGUGGGACAGACCUUGUAUAUACUCUCAAAAGCAACACAAUAACAGUAGAGUCUGUUCCAAGUAAAGGGUCAAUCGGACAUGGUGAUGUGGUAGUUCUGACAUUCAAGGGAAGAAAACCUCCUGCGGACAGUGGGAUCGUAUCCGGUAGUACUGAUCCAUGCAAAUCCUUUAAUAAAAUAAAACAGAAAUGGUUUAAAAACAGAGGUCGCAAUGAAAAGAAUGUGGCGAAGGACGUCAAUGGACCGGGUGGAUAUUGGGAUGAUGUUAAAAAGAGAUUGGACGAACUGUCUGGGGCUAUGACCAUGAACGGAAGAACUGAUAGUAACCUGUGUAGUACCAUGAACGGGGAAAAUAAACAAGCAUGUAAUCUUAUUCUUAGUGGAUUAAAACAUAUAUAUGGAAUUACAAAGGGGACUGACGGGACGCCACGAAUGAAGGAGGACAACCUCAUAUUCCAUCGAACUAUGGGAUGCGUCCUCCUAAACGCCUAUGCAAAUGAAUUAAUCGAGAUGGCGAAACUAAACACGCCCACUUGUGAUGUAAAAGGUGGUAUAAAACACGCCUUCAGUAAGAGUGCAGAUGUUAAGAAGGAUGUAUCUUCAUGUAAGGAUGAUGAUAACUGUGCUGUUUGUAACAGGGAAAGUUAUGAUAAAUGUGUAGUGGGCGACCAGAAUGUUAAGACUAAAGUGGAUGAAUUGCUCAAGCACAAGAAGGACGAAAUACAAAAAACUCUGGAUUCCAUAUGUCCAUCACCACCUGUUCCACCCAUCAACCCCAAAACCCAAUUAACAAGUACGAAUGAUUGUAAGGAUGAAACUGAUUGCUUAAAUAAAAAGGUCGAAAAAGUAUUCCAAAACCGAUGGAAUGCAAAUAACGACCAAGUGUAUGGUCUAUUUCAAGAAUUCAACAGGGAACUACGUGAAGACGACGAGAAAGAUGGUUUCACAUCUGUGUGUGAUCAGAUCGUAGAAAAUCAGGGCGUCGACGGGAAUAACUUACCCAAAUGUUUUUGUAAGUUUCUUAUAAGGAAUUUGGUUAAAGUAACAAACAACAGGAGCACAUACAACUAUAAAGACAAAACGUGGAACGUGCACGACUUGAAAAAUAAUACACCAUGUCAUCUAUUAAACUUAUGGUUAUUAUUGUACGGAAUGAAAUAUAGCCUGCAAGAAAAGGAUGUUUUAUAUGCAUUCAAAGCAAUAUCUAAUUUAAGCGUACUAAAUGUAAAGGGGCAAUAUGAGAAUUGUGUAUAUACUGGAAAAUUUGAAGUUCAGCAAGAGUACGGAGGUGCUACUUUAGGGGACAUUUAUAAAUGGUUCAUGAAUCAGGACAUUACAACCAAAAUGGGGGCAAUAAAGGACGAGUCUGCAUGCAAUAGAAGGAGCAGGUCGGAUGACCAGAGUAGUGAAGAUCCAAAGAAGAAAGUAGAAGAAAUAAGUGCAAGUUUGAAAACCAAAGCAAAGGACGUUGCUGAAGAAAUAAAGAAAGGGAUUCCCAUAGUUGCAGCAGUUGACAAGGAAGUAAAACCUCCUAGUCCCGGUAAGCCUCCACCCUCCACCCCAUCCGUUGGAUCGGGUGAAUCAGGGUGCUCGGGGAAGGAGAGUAUAGGAUUCCAGGAUGGGGAAGCAGAACUUUGGAGAGAGCUGUUCACAAAGUUCAAUAAUGUCCCGACUGAAGAAGAUAUGGGGAAGGAAGAAUGGGAGAAGUAUGAAAGUUUAAAGAGUGUAUGUGAAGUGCACGCACAAACAGAAAAGGAAAUGGGAAAGGAAGAGAAGGAAUUUUGCGAAGUCAUAAUAAAGAACCUAAUGAUAGUUAAUAAAAACUUAAGAGAAAAGGGGAAGAAUAGUAAUACUAUCAGGGGGAAUAUAAAGCCAAUUGGGGAAUGUGACCUUCUCCAUAUAUGGCUCUUAUACGUUGGUCGGGAAUGUAGAACAAUGGAAGAAGUAAAGUAUGCAUUUGAUGCAGUGAAAGGUGUAGGAGAAAACUUCUGGAAGGACAAUGUAGAUACGGAGUGCACAUAUGGACGUAUGAAUAAUCUUCACAGGGAGGGGGAGGACAUGUUGAAUAGAAUUCAUACAUGGUUCAUACGGGGUUGCGGUAACGAAACCUUGAAGCAUACGCAUAAAAUGAAUUGGUGCAGAGUGGACGAAAGGAAAUAUAGGACACCGGGUUUAAUUCCAAAAGGGUCUAAUAAAAUGGAUGAAAAAGAUAAGGAAAAGGCGAAAGAAUUUAUUGAGAAGUUGGAAGAAUUAAGGAAGAAGGAGGAAAAUAAAAUAAACGAAGUGAAAAAAAUAAUGCAGGAGAUAGAUAAAAAUUUAAUGAAGAAAUUUGAAGAAUCAAAGGCAAAGGCAGCAGGACAACUAACUCCAUCCCCUCCUCCACCUCCCCCCGCACCAGCUGCUCCAGGUCCCCAGGCACCUGCUCCAAAGACUGGAACUGGCGAAGCUAGUGGUACUCCAAACCCUAGUGGUCCGGACACGCAUACCCCACCCACCUCCACUUCCCCUGGAGCUGAACCCUCAGAACCUGGUGCCCCAGGUCCUGGUCCUGCUGCUGCGGGUGGUGAGAAGGUUACUGGCAAGGCUACUACUGAACUCAAUAAUGGUAAUAUUUCUGGACAGGUGCCACAACCUCCACAGAAUCCAUCGUCCACAUCAGAAGCUGCAGUUGUACCAGCUGUGGGUCCUGUUUUAGGUGGAGGUGGAACUAACGUUAAAACUCCUCAAGCUGCACCGAAGGCUGUCCCACUUGUUAACAAGAAAAGGACCGACCCUUCCGACCUUCUUGCUUACCUUCCUACCAUUCCUGUGUUCCUUGGUAUGUCUGCUAUGACCUACUUCCUUUGGAAGUAUUUUGCAUUGCCUGGUAAAAGAAGACGUUACAAAAGAGCUCAUCAAGUAUCUGGUCCUCCUCCUUUAGGAGAACAACCUCUCGCUCAUGUGGACGACCAGGCAGAUGAUCCACAUGGAUAUACCUUAGUAAAGGAACGAAAACCUCGUUCUACGCCUAUAAAAAGGAGGAAAAAACGUUCUGGUCGUCGUCGUGCUGUAGGUCGCCGCACGAUUAUUGAUAUUCAUUUAGAAGUCUUAGACGAGUGUCAAAAGGGGGACACAAACAUAACAAAACAGGACUUUUUUGAAAUUUUGGUUCGAGAGUUUAUGGGAUGUGAGUUCAUAAAAGAAGAAAAUGUUCCUAAGGAAUACUUUCUUUCUAAGGAAGAUGUUCCUAAGGAACAGGAUCCAAGUUCCGAUUCCGGGUUUAGGGAGGAAAGACUUUGUUCCUAA